AUGGGGGCUGUCUCUGUUCCUUCAUUCUCUUCAAUUAUCCCAAAGAGAUGCAAUAUGCUUGCUUUAUCCAUUAAGAGUGAUCAAAAGAAGUUCCUCUUGUGCUGCCAUGGUGGUGCUGCUGCUGCUGCUUCUGGUCCUGCUGGUCCUCUGGGGAAGGCAAUCAAAUCAAGCAGUCUGUCUUCUGCUUUGACUGAAAGAUCAACAACCUCUUCUGCUUCUUCUUCCAUGGAUUCUGCUAGUUUGGUUUUAUCACCAAAUGGGAAGGUUCCUAAAAUGGUGGAGAUGCAAGACGGCAUUGGAAUUGUUCAAUUCCUUCGUGGCAAGAGCUUUCUCAUUACAGGCGCAACUGGGUUCUUGGCUAAAGUUCUUGUUGAGAAGAUACUAAGGACUGAACCAGAGGUGGAUAAGAUUUUUCUCCUGAUCAAAGCAAAGAACAAGGAAGCUGCCAUGGAGAGACUGAAAAAUGAAAUCAUAAAUGCAGAGAUCUUUAAGUGUCUUCAACAAACUUAUGGUAAAUCCUAUCAAGCUUUCAUGUUGAGCAAGCUUGUUCCUGUCAUGGGUAAUGUUUGCGACAAUAAUAUUGGGAUGGAGGAUAACGCGGCCAACAUGAUCGCUCAAGAGGUCGAUAUAAUCGUCAAUUCUGCUGCCAACACCACCUUUGAUGAAAGGUAUGAUGUUUCUCUUGACAUAAACACAAAGGGUCCGACUCGAAUCUUGAACUUUGCAAAAAAAUGUCACAAGUUAAAACUCUUCAUUCAAGUAUCAACCGCUUACGUUAAUGGACAAAGACUGGGACGAAUAAUGGAAAAGCCAUUCGCCAUUGGAGAUAGCAUAGCUGGAGAGAGCUCCCUCUUUCAAUCUUCAAACAUAGCUCCCCCUACUCUUAAAGUAGAAGAUGAACUCAAAUGGGCAAUGCAAUCUAAAGAUGCACUUGGUAACAGCUUAGCAGCAUCUCAGAAAAUGAGAGAAUUGGGACUAGAAAGGGCAAAGAAAUAUGGAUGGCAAGAUACAUAUGUUUUCACAAAGGCGAUGGGAGAAAUGCUCAUUGAUAGUAUGAGAGGAGAAGUACCAGUUGUGAUAGUCCGGCCAAGUGUUAUAGAGAGCACUUACAGGGAGCCAUUCCCCGGUUGGAUGGAAGGAAACAGGAUGAUGGAUCCAAUUGUUCUCUACUAUGGAAGAGGCCUUCUGACUGGCUUUCUUGUAGAUCCAAAAGGGGUCAUUGAUGUUGUACCAGCAGAUAUGGUUGUGAAUGCAACAUUAGCAGCCAUGGCUAAACAUGGGUCAAGUUCAAAAUCAGAGAUAAAUCUCUAUCAGGUGGCUUCCUCUGUGGUGAAUCCAUUGGUUUUCAAAGACCUGGCAAGCCUGUUAUAUGAUCAUUUCAGUUUAUCACCGUUUUUGGACGCGAAAGGGAGGCCAAUUGAAGUGACAGACAUGAAGCUAUUCACUUCCAUGGAAGAUUUCUCUUCCCAUUUAUGGAAAGAUGCUAAUAGGAGAAUUGAGUCGGCUUCUGCAACUUCGAAUGGAAACUGUAAAUUGGCAAAGAAGCUUGAAAACAUAUAUAAGAAGACAGUGGAGAAAGCCAAGCAUCUAGCUGACAUAUAUCAGCCUUACACCUUUUACAGUGGAAGGUUUGAUAACUCAAACACAGAGAGGCUGAUGAAGUUGAUGUCUGAAGAAGAAAUGAGAGAAUUUGGAUUUGAUGUUGGAAGCAUAGAUUGGAGGGAUUACAUAUCAAAUGUUCAUAUCCCUGGUCUCAGGAAGCAUGUUAUGAAGGAAAGAAGGGUGUAAUAGUAAUUUACUAAAAUGUUUUCUCUCUUAAUUCCUAAUUCUUAUUAUUAUUAAAUGUUAUAAUAUCCUAUCAAAUA